GGGUGGUGUGUGUCCAGCAGUGGAUUGUCAGGCGUGGGGGGGGGGCGUCUCACCGCGUCCCACUGGGGUUCUCCCAGGGCCUGCUGACCUGACCAUAAUCCCUUCUUCUGGAGUCGGGGUGCCGUCUGUCUGGGCUCGGCCACCUCGACCCUGCCCCUCUGCUCUGGCUUUUGUGUGUACGUGACGGUGGUGUGUACGUGUGCUUAACGUCUGGGAUACCUCAGGUCCUUUGUUGGGAAACGGGCUGCGCGCCCGCAUAGCCUGAAGCGCUUGCCUGGAAGGCAGGCAGGUAGGGUCCAAGGCUCUCCGUGCUCCCAGGUCGGAGACCAACGCGCGCCUGCCCUUGUGCCUUUGCAACCCACGGCGUGGUGGAACCAUUGCGUAGACUCGGUGUUGACGUGAGACGCUGUGGACGUAAGGGAUCUGUGUGUCUACAGCUCGAGAAAGCGGUUAUUGCAUACUGAUGGAACCGGCCCCGGGGUAAAGGUUACAUUGAGACUCCCCUGUGAAUAGGGCUUCCUGAAGCCUGAGUGACGGCUGAACUUCUUGGCUUUAGUCUUCGCUCAAAAUGGACUGCUUCAGACUCCCUGAUUACUGUGACGAGGGGGGUCUCAGAGCAUGAAAAAGAAGAAUUCAGUCCAGAAUCUCUUGCCGGAGUUUCUGGGAGAAUGUUGGUAAAUCCCCAGGAGGACGCAUGGAGGCUUUGGGUGAGGUCGCUCUAUGGAGAUGGUGGUGUGGAGGCUGUGGUUCUGGAGCAGCAGAUCCGCAAACCCCAGAACAGAGCAGCCUUGUAAAAUGUGUGUGGGCAGGUCUGACACGCGUCAUCAACUUCCCUCCCCAUUUGUAACAAGUGAUUUAUGGAAAGCGUCGGGUCCAUGAUGCCUCUCCGAAGGAGGACAAGGGGGCGUGCCAGACUCCUUGGAUGGAGAGAAGGAAAUGGGCAGGGAGAGGCUGAUGAAUUGAUUUGGCAUUCUAGCACUUGGGGGAGCUCAGGUGCAGCUCUAGGGGCUUGGGCCCGCUCUGUUCUGCCAUCUUGGGACUCUGCCCUUUUCUAAAAGAGGUCUCUUGAGGAGAAUAUGGCUGCUGUUGGGGCAGCAACGUCUCAGAACCACUUGCCGGUGUUUCAAGACUUUGUGUCAUUCAAGGAUGUGGCUGUGAACUUCACUGAGGAAGAAUGGAGAGAACUAGACCCUGUGCAGAGAGUCUUGUACAGGGAUGUAAUGCUGGAGAACUACAGGAACCUGGUCUCCUUGGGAUUUCCAUUUUCUAAACCUGAUAUCAUCUCCCAGUUGGAACAAGAAGUAAAUCCAUGGAUGCAGGAGGGAGAGGUACUAAGCAGCAGCUGCACACAUGAGACCACCACGGCUCAGAAAAGGAAAGUCACCGGCCUACUCAGAAGCGGCGUGGAGCUGAGACUUAAACUCAGGUCUGUGAGUGCAGUGUGGGACGUGUGCGCCAGGCUUUGCCUGAGGCACUUGGGGACUCGCUGGAUGAGAAUCGCUUUUCCUGCUACUGAACUGAAACCUCAGAAUAUCACAAAGCUCUGCAAAGAAUUCUGUGUGAGAGCAACCAUGGGUAAGAGAUCACUGAUCCCAACUGACGUUAGGAAGUAUCUCAGAGGGGCACCUGGGUGGGUCAGGUGAUUGAGCGGCUGACUGUUGGUUCCAGGUCAGGUCAUG